GCGGCUCUCCUCCGGAGCCACGUCGCUCUAGAGCACCCGGAGGAGGAGCGGCGGCGCGGCGGCGGCGGCCCUGGCGAGGCGGGGAGAGCCGGCGCAGGCCGCCCAGCCAUGAACGCCAGCCGCACCGAGAGCGACUGGCAGGGACUGGUGAGCGAGUAUCUGGUGUGUAAAAGGAAGCUAGAGAGUAAGAAGGAAGCCUUGCUUAUUCUGUCGAAGGAACUUGAUUCGUGUCAACAGGAAAGAGACCAGUUCAAGCUUAUGGCUAAUCAACUACGGGAAAAGCACCAAUCUCUGAAAAAGAAAUACCAAGAACUAAUUGAUGGGGAUCCCUCUCUUCCUCCUGAAAAAAGAAAACAGGCAAAUCUCGCCCAGCUUCUGAGUGAUUCUCGGGAUCGAAAUAAACAUUUAGGGGAAGAAAUCAAAGAGCUGCAUCAAAGGCUGGGAGAAGUGCAGGGGGACAACAAGCUCCUUAGGAUGACAAUUGCCAAGCAAAGACUUGGGGACGAAGAGGUUGGGGCACGUCAUUUUGCACCACACGAACGUGAAGAUCUUGUGCAGCAGCUGGAGAAAGCACGAGAACAAAUUGAGACUCUACAGCUUGAUCUUCAAGCAGCAUUGGAUGAGCUCCAAGAUGUGAAGGAAGAACGUUCGUUUUACCAAGAUAAGUCUGACAAACUGAACCAAGAGCUGAACCAUGUCCUCGGGGGACAUGUUGACCGCAUUAUUGAUAUCGAUGCUCUCUGUAUGGAGAAUAGAUACCUUCAUGAGCGACUAAAGCAAAUUCAAGAAGAGGUUAAUAUUCUGAAAUCGAAUAUUGUGAAAUACAAGAAUGCUCUAGAAAGAAGGAAAAAUUCCAAGAGUCAUAACAAAUCAAACAGCAGCGCUCUGACUGGGAUUCUUUCUGCAAAACAAGUCCAAGAACUGUUAUCUGAAGACCAUGGCUGCAGUUUACCAGCAACACCUCAGUCCAUCUCUGAUCUUAAAUCUUUGGCUACUGCUUUAUUGGAGACAAUCCAUGAGAAGAAUAUGGUCGUUCAGCACCAACGGCAAACCAACAAAAUCCUAGGCAACCGGGUGGCAGAGUUGGAGAAAAAAUUAAGAACUUUAGAAGUCUCUGGUUUAUGGAGUCUCCCAGGUGGCAAGGAUACUAUAAUGUUUAGUGAACCAGCUCUUCCUGUUAUCCAGAGGUCACGAUCACCGUUACUCACAUUCAUUGAUAAGCCACAACAGAAUCCAGAAGAAGAUCAAACAAGGAACCUGCCGAUCACGUGCACUGCUGAAACAGAGUGGACCCUUCCAGAGGAAAAAGCUGUCAUGUCAGAUGAGUCCCAAAGAAACCAAAACAGCGGUCCUCAAACCAAUAAUUUUCAUUCAUCAUUGUCCCAGUUUCUUUCUGAAGAAGAUGAUCUAAGUGGCCUUGAGAAUGACAACAUUAAGCUGACUGAAGUUCAGUCAACUGUGGAACUGGAGGACAGAGGAACAGAAUGUCUGACAGACAGACAGGUUGGAAGUCCUGCAGAACUCAACAGUUUCACUGAAGGUGACUCCCCCUUGCCCAGACCUCCUCACUUGGAUUCCAGAGAAGCAUCCAAGCUAGAGAAGAAACAUCUGUGUGAAAAUCAGACUGUGGAAGAACUGACAGGCACCCAGGAAAAUGAUGUAGCAAGUGUAGGUGAAAACAACAAAAAUCCUAACAUAUUACCAUACUGAACAUUAAAGAUGCUGCUAAAUUAACUCUUUCAUCUCCAGGCUUGAGUUACAUUCCUAAUGAUGCACCUGAAGCGACAAAGGUGGGAGAUAUUUCUCCUCAUCAGGACUCUUGCUGAAAAUUUGACCAUGUUCUCAUGUUCUCCAUCUUGAAGUGUCUCCUCCCUGCCCUUUUGUUUCUCAGUUGCAAAUAUUGUUUCUCCAACCUACAUAGUAUACAAAACAAAUAAAUACAUAAAUACAUACCUAAAAUCCUCCUGUAAAUAUCAAUAAAGAAAUGCAAUUGCAGUGAUUAAUUCCUAGAUUCUGGCCUCUUCCCUUUGCUAUGAUUAACAUUACCAGAUGGACUGACACAACAGAUAAUAAUGGGACUUGAUGUCCCUUCAUUAUGUUUGAUUCUGUAAUUUCUUUCUCUCUCUCCAUAGAAUGUAUAUUUUUGGCACGGUGCCUGCUUGAAUGUAUCUUAAGAGACUGAAAUGUCAGGAGAGGUGGAUGGAUGUUGGGCUUGCUUAAACUGACAGAAUCAGAAACAAUAAAAUACAAAGGCAUCUGUGAGCUAAUUUCCCCCUUUUAUCUCCCUAGUACAAAUGAGUUAAUACUCAACAGCAAAUUGUUGCUAUUAUAAUUAAUUGCUCUACAUACAUGGUACCUGACCUUAUGUUAAAAGAUGUAUUGCCUCCCAGAUGCCAUAAACGAGGUUUAUGCCCCUUUAGGAGCUGCAGACCUGGGGGUGAUGCUAAAGGAGCUGUUCCAGUUCUUUCAAUUAUAUGUGAGGUAACAUCAGCUGAACUUCUGUUCUCCCCAACUCCUGUGUGCCCCACAUCUAGACCACAUCUUAGUUUGUCAUAAAUUGCUCUGUCCAGCUCUCUUUUCCCUCCCCACUUCUUCUACUUCCAUAUUCAAGGCAACUUUUGCCUUUUAGGGGGAGAUGGGCAGUGAUAGAAAUGUGAAUAACAAAUAAAUAAAUAAACUUUUGCUUUGGCAGGCUCAAAUCUUGAUUUUCUGUAGUUCUUUGAUUAUGUUUGGGUGAUAUCAUUGAGAGUUCCCAUCAGUGAGAAGUGAACAUUGAUCCUUCCAUGAUGGAAUAGAGGGUCUUCUGCAGUUAGGGAGGGAAAUCAAAAGAAGAAAGAGGGUGGCUAUAACUGUGGGAUAGAAACCCUGCCCCUUUUCUGUGGGAUGCAGCUGCCAUCUUGGCUUUGUUGAAACCCUCCUGCCCCCGCUGCAGUCACCCCUGCUGGAGUACCUUCUCAGGCUAAUGAAAGGAGAUUUAGGAGCUGGAUGUCCUUCUCCUUUCUACUGAAAUUGAUGUCUAUGUUCAGG